AUGGAAGAUUUAUUUGAAGUAAAUAACAAUGAUACAAAUUUGUAUAAUGAUUUCAAUGGUUUAAUAAAUAUAGAUCAUAAAGAAUGUGAAAGUUCAGAUGAAGAAAAUUUAUUCUCAAACAUUAAUGUUAACAACAGUAUUUUAUCUUAUAAGAAGGAAAAAUAUUUGAAAAUAAUAAAACAAAUAUGCAAUCGUAACGAUUUGAAAUAUUUUAACUAUUACAUUAAUAAUUUUGAAAAAAUACAAAAUAUUAAAGGAAUAAAAGUAAAGGGAGAAAAUAAGAUAUGUGUUUUAGUACUUUGCUUGAAUUUUAUAUAUUGUAAUUUAAAUAAUGAGAUUAUGACUCUACAUGAAUUAAAAUAUCAGUUAAAAGAAAAUAUUUCUAAAAAAAAAAUUUAUUGCAAACAUCUGGCAAAAAUUAUAUUUAAUAUAUGUAAUAGAUUAGACAUAAAAAAUUUUAUUAAUUGUGAUUUAUUGCCUUUUAUGGAGAAAUAUAUAACCAAUAUGGUUAGGAGAAUUAAAAAUUUUAAUAAUACAAAUAAAAAAAGUUCAAAAAUUCAAAAGAGAGUAAAUAUAUUUGAUGAUAUAUUUGACCUUAUAAAUAAUUGUAGUGACGAUAAUUCAUUGAAAUCAGAAAAUAAAUCUUCUAAUGAAGACUAUUAUGGAGAAGUAAAAGAAGAAAAAGAAUUAAAAUAUGCUAAUAGUCUAAAUAAUAAAAUUAAAAAAAAUAUAAGAGCAGAUAUGAGUAAUGAUGAAAGUAAUAGCAAAAAAAAAUAUAGGGCAAGUACAAUUCCAGAAAAUGAAAAUGUAUGUAUUAAUGAAGAAGUAAAUGAAGAAAUAGAAAUUAAAGAAAAUUUUUUAUAUAAUUAUUCUUCAUUGCACAUUGAAGAUAUUAAGGAUGUGCAUAAAUUAAGUAAAUUCAAUAAUUGUAAAUUUGAAUCAUUAUAUAAGAAUAGUAGCGAUUAUUUCAAGGAUAAAAAAAAUGAUAUUAAUGAAAUUAGCAAUAAUUAUUAUUAUGAUAGCAAUGAAUAUAGUAUCUUAGAUUGUAAAAAUUUUACAAAUAGUAAUCAUGAUGAAUAUUAUUCUGAAGAAAAUAACAAUAUUAAAUAUGAAAAUGAAAAUAUAUUAUUAACAAAAGUCCCAAAAAAGUAUAAUGUAGAAUCAAAAAAAGAAAAGCAAAACAACGAAAAAAAAAUUAUUGAAUAUUUAGAAAAAAAUAUUACAUUACUUUCUUUGUAUUCUUGUAUUUUAUAUUCUUUUUACAUAUUAUGGAAUCGUCAAGAAAAUUUAGAUAUGAAUGUACAUAAUAAUAAGAAUAGAUGCUACGGUGGGAAUUUACACUAUCUCCUUUGUUCAUGUGUUAUUAUAACAUUUAAUGUAUUUAAUAUUAAAAUAAAAGAUCAUUUUAUAUGCUACUGCUUAAAUGUUACUCAACAUGCAAUAAUAUCAAAAAAGAAGAAAAUAUUAAAUUUUUUUUUAAAUACAAUUAAUGAAUUCUUAGGAAUAGAUAUAAGUUCUUAUAAAAAAAUAUUUUUGUAUAUAAGAGUAAUUUUCAGUAAUUAUAUAUUAAUACAAAUGUAUUUAUUUUAUAUUAUAAAAAAAUAUAAAUUAAUGAAUAAAAAUAAUUUCUUAUUUUCCUUAAAGCAACUUCAAAUAUAUUUAGCUAAAUUAUUUUCUAUUAUUCAAAAGAAAUUCCUUAAUUUAUCUGAUAUUAUAGUUGACUACAAUUUUUUAUUUCGAUCUGAAUGUGUUUAUAAAAAAAUUCAACAAAUAGUUUCUCAAAAUCAGGAUUUUAUAUAUUUAAAAAGGCAAAUAAAAGAUUUAAUUAAGAACUAUUUGACUGAAGAAGAAAAAAAAAAAUUUUAUGAAUACAAUUUUAAUGAAUCUUACGAUAUAGAUUUAAGCAAUAUCAAUUCUUAUCUAAAUAAAUUAGUAUCAUACGGAUUACUAAAUAGUGAAGAUGCCAAUGUCGAUGAUUCUCAUCAGACUCAUAAAGUAAGUGAUAAUUUGAAAAUAAAAAAUAUUCAUUAUGAUAAAACUUCUAAUAUAAGAAAUAUAAAUAUAAACGGAAAAAAAGCACUUAACUUAUCUCUCCAUAGAAAUGUGAGUAGGAACAUAAGUUAUAACAAUAAUUAUAUUAGUAUCAAUAAGCCUGUUAACAAUUAUAAUAAUAAUGAUACAAAUAGAUGCAAUGAUAGUACAAAUAGUAAUAUUGAUAAUAAUUCUUUUAGUUGUAAUGCUAAUAAUAGCAUUAAUAAUGAUUGCAAUCUUACUAAUAAUGAUUAUAAUAAUAACAGAGAUAAUAAUGAUGAAACUACUACUACUACUACUACUACUACUAAUAAUAAUAAUAAUAGUAAUAAUAAUGAUUAUAAUAAUAAUACUAAUUAUAAUAAUAAAAAUAAUAAUACUAGAAAUAACAAUGAUAAUGAUGCUAAUAGUAAUAAUAAUAUUAAUAUUUUUAAUUAUGAAAGAAUUAGAAUUAUUAAUUAUGGCAGCAUCACUGCUAAUGGAUAUAAUCAAUCACAUAAAAUCCAUAGUAAUAAUGCAUAUAAUAAUAUUUUGGACAGUAAGAACUUAAAUUGCUAUAAUAAAUUAAAUAAGAAUAGUAACAUGAAACCAUUAGUAAAUAAAUUGAAUUUUGUAAAUAAUAUUGAUUUGGAAAAUUGCUUAAAAGAUAUGAAAAAUUUAGGGAAUUAUAAUUUUUCAAAUUUUUUAGAAGAAUAUGAUACAAUAAAAGAUGGAGAUAUUUCACUAGAUUUUUUUAACCAUAUAGAUAUUUUAAAAAAAAUAAAUUUAUCAACUAUAAAUGAUAAAAAUAUAGAAAUUAUAUGCUAUUAUAAUAUAAAAAUAAUUGUACAAUUUUUAUUUUUUACUAUUUUAAAAAGUGUUAUAUAUAACUGCUACUCUUUAAGUUUUUUUAGUUUAAGUAAUUUACAUCAUUUUAUUUCUUGUAGGAAAAAUUCGAAAAACAUUCUGUGGGAAUGUAAUGAAGAAAUAGAAAAUAUUAAUAUUUUUUUAAAAAAAAAACUAACUAGAAAGCUAAAAGAAACUAAAAAUAAAAAAUACAGCCUGGAAAAAUACUUUUUUUGUGAACAAAUUUAUUAUAUAGAAAAUUUUCAAAAUUCUAAAUUAUAUAAGGAGAACUUUGAAGAAUUUUUAAAAGACAAAAAAAUUAUCCUAAAAAAUAUAACCGAAUUAAUAAAAAAUGAUGAUGCUAAUGAUGUAAAUAAAAUUAAUUGCGUAGGAGAUUCAAAUAUCCAUUUUAUUUCGAAUUCAAAUGAAAAUAACUACUUUACAUAUUCAAAUAAUAAUAAUAAUAAUAAUAAUGAAUAUAAUUAUAAUUUUAUGAAAGAAGGAAACAUACAGACAAAAGAUUUAAUAGAAAAUAGAAAUAAUCAAAAAAAAGGGAAGAAUAAAAAAAAAAUAAAAACAAUAAUAUAUCAUUAUGAUGUAUUACAUGAAAAUUUUAAUGAAUAUAGUUAUUUAAAAAAAGAAUCAUUCAAUUUUUUUGAUAAUAUUUAUAAUAUUAAGAUGAUGAAAGAAUAUAAAGAUUUAGAAAUAGAAAUUCUAAAAAAUAAUUUUAAUAAAUUCCUAUUCGGUAUGUUCAAUAAUAUGAACUAUUCAUUUGGUAGUAAAAAGAAAAAAUUAAUAAAAAUGAAUAAUUGCUUGUAUCAUACAUAUCAUUUAAUAGGAAUUAAGAAACUAUCGAACAUUGGUUAUAUCUUUACUUUUAAAAAUGAAUUGAAUGAUAAUUAUUCAAAAGUUUUAAAAACUAAGUUUUCUAAUAUAUUGUCCUUAGAAGAUGUUAACUUUUUAUUUAAUAGAUUCUUUUAUUUUUUAUUUAGUUACAUAAAAAAGUUUUGUUGUUUUUCUAAUAAAAAUGGCAAAGAAUCUGAUUUAGAUAGAAAAAGCUUAAAUACAGUUGAUAUAUGUUUAUGUAAUAAGAUCAAAUGUUGCUAUAAAAUUAAAACAAUUGUUGUAUUUGGAAACUUUUAA